AAUGCUUUGUAAUGUAUUUUGUGGCUACCCCCUAAAGUUUUGCUUAAGCAUCAUUAAAUUAAACCCCUUUUUCACUUUUUCUUAUUUCUUUUAAGAACAGCCAACAAAUGAGUUAUUCUUGAGAGAAGAAAGUGGAAAGCAGUAGUACGAGAAAGAGAGAGCCUCUGAAAUCCCAGAUCUCUCUUUGGAACCCAAAUUUCUAAGGAAAAUGGUGCACAAAUCAUUGAUCUAUGCAUUUGUAUCUCGUGGGGAAGUUAUCUUAGCAGAGUAUACUGAAUUCAGUGGGAAUUUCAAUUCCAUAGCUUUUCAAUGCCUCCAAAAGCUUCCUUCUUCCAACAACAAGUUCACUUACAACUGUGAUGGCCACACCUUCAAUUACCUUGUUGACAAUGGCUACACAUAUUGUGUUGUUGCAGAUGAAUUGGCUGGAAGGCAAGUACCGAUUGCUUUUUUGGAGCGUGUCAAGGAGGACUUUGUGUCAAAAUAUGGUAGUGGAAAGGCUGCUACUGCUCCUGCCAACAGCCUGAACAAGGAAUUUGGGCCAAAACUAAAAGAACAUAUGCAGUAUUGUGUUGAGCAUCCUGAAGAAAUAAGCAAGCUUGCUAAGAUCAAAUCUCAGGUUUCUGAAGUCAAAGGUGUUAUGAUGGAGAACAUAGAGAAGGUGUUGGAUAGAGGGGAAAAGAUAGAGCUGCUAGUGGAUAAAACUGAGAAUCUUCAUCAGCAGGCUCAAGACUUCCGGAAUACUGGGACGAAAAUCCGAAGAAAAAUGUGGCUACAAAACAUGAAGAUCAAGCUGAUUGUUCUAGGAAUAUUGAUUGCAUUGAUCCUCAUCAUUGUCCUCUCUGUUUGCCAUGGUUUCAACUGUGGUGGAAAAUGAGUGCCAUCUUUAUUAGGCUUAUUAUUAGAGUUUUCACCAGAGCUAUUAUGAUAAUAUUGUGAUGAAAAGAUCAAAAAAUAUAUAAUAUGAUGUCAUAUGCUAUAUAUAAGAUUAGCAAUCACCAGAUGUUUGGUGCAAGAUAUUUUUGGAUGUGAGCAAACCCUGUAAGUGCUUAUUGCAAUACAUGAAAUUGUUUUCUGCAACAA